AUGGAGGCAUUGAAGAUGAAGUUUUUCUUCGCUAUGGUGGUGGCCAUGUUGAUGAUGGCAGCAUCAGGUGUGUCAGCUGCGGAGGCACCAUCUCCAAGUCCCACAUCGGAUGCUACCACCUUGUUCGUUCCAACAUUGGUUGCUUCGUUUGUUGCUCUUGCAUUUGGGCUUCUCUUUUGA